AUGAUGAUCGUUGGCGAUACUUUCGGUUUUUAUCAACUCGUUUUGAGAAAACACGCGUGCAGACUCCGCUACAUUUUACACCAGUUGAACAGCGGUCAAUUGCCAUUGGAGGAUUUGAAACGGAACAUCGAGUAUGCGGCGCUGGUCUUGGAGACAGCGUAUAUGGAUGAGACGAGACGAAUCUGUGACGAAGAUGACGACUUGGCCGAGGUUACUCCGGAGACUGUGCCUGAUGAGGUUCGAGAAUGGCUGGCGGCCACGUUCACUCGGCAAAACGCGGGGAAAAAGCGCGAGAAACCGAAAUUCAAAUCGGUUGCAAACGCGAUUCGAACUGGAAUCUUCUUUGAUAAACUUUUCCGUCGACAGCAAGGUGUUCAAUGCCCGAUCCCGCCUGAGAUAACCACUUUGAUGAAGGACGUGAACACAUGGUCUUUCGAUUCGUUUAAUUUGAAUGAGAUCUCCGAAGGUCAUGCUCUGAAAUAUGUCGCUUUUGAGCUCUUCAAUCGAUACGGUUUCAUGGAUAGAUUCAAGAUUCCCCUUCCACAACUCGAGUGUUAUCUAUCAGCGUUGGAGAUUGGCUACUCAAAACACAACAAUCCAUACCAUAACGUGGUUCACGCUGCUGAUGUAGCUCAAAGCUCGCACUUCAUGCUCUCGCAAACUGGAUUAGCGAGUAGCCUUGGUGAUCUGGAACUUCUAGCAGUCCUUUUCGGCGCUCUCAUUCACGAUUAUGAGCACACCGGUCACACCAACAGUUUCCAUAUCCAAUCUGGUUCUCAAUUCGCUCUCCUUUACAACGAUCGAUCGGUUCUUGAGAAUCACCACGCUUCUGCUUGUUUCCGUUUAAUGAAAGAAGAGGAUAAAAAUAUUUUUGGCAAUCUCAGCAGGGAUGAGUUUCGAGAACUCCGCAAUAUGGUGAUCGAGAUCGUCUUGGCCACCGAUAUGAGCACUCACUUUGUGCAAAUAAAAACGAUGAAGAAUAUGCUUUCAUUGCCGGAGGGAAUUGACAAGAACAAGGCUCUGUGUUUGAUCGUGCACGCGUGUGACAUCUCACAUCCAUCAAAGCCUUGGGGUUUACAUGAGCGAUGGACUGAUGGCGUGCUCGAGGAGUUCUUUAGACAGGGUGAUCUGGAAUCAUCGAUGGGCUUACCCUACUCACCGCUCUGCGAUCGACACACCGUACACGUGGCUGAGAGUCAAAUUGGUUUCAUCGAUUUCAUCGUCGAGCCGACAAUGGUCGUUUGCGGGGAAUUGCUGGUGAAAAUGGUGGAACCGCUUGUCUCGUUACCGCCAACGGACAGUCUUUUCCCUCCGCAAGCCGACGGUCAGGAUAGCACAUCGCCAAGCCAAGCUCUUUCACCGUUACCUGAAAAUCGAAGCAACUCAACAAACAAUGCGAACUCGGUGCGUCGAAUCCCGUUGUCUUAUUGUGGAAAGUUGGACAUUCCGAAUCCGUGGACGAAAUAUCUUCACGAGAAUAAGCAAUGCUGGAAGGAAAGAGCGGCGAAAGAAGAAGAAGAGCGAAAACGAGCUGCUGCCGACGAGAAGCCAAAAGAAAAUGGAGUCACCGAGAAUGGGAAAUCU